AACGAGAUAUUCGCCCACCCAUCCAACAACACACAAUAACACUGACUAGACUUAGAGUAGUGAACUUUAUUACUCGGAAGGAGGCCACCAAAGCGGAUGUUGUCGUCGCUUUGUUUACGAACUGUCAGUAAGAUCCGUCUAGUUUAUGCAGUCAGCUCCCCGCGAGGGCGAGGACCGCAGUUUGUGAGAACAAUGAGCGACAAGCCACGAUGGAAAAUCUUUGUCACUCGUCCCAUUUCGGCACAGGCAAAAGAUCUGUUGAAAGAAAAGUGUGACAUAGAGCAUUGGGAUCAUGACAGCCCUGUAUCAAAAGAUGCUCUUCUGAAAGGAGUGGUUGGAAAGGAUGGACUUUACUGUCUACUCACUGAUCGGAUCAACAAGGAAGUACUAGAUGCAGCAGGUCCAAGCUUGAAAGUGGUCAGCACAAUGUCUGUUGGGUUUGAUCACAUUGAAUUGCAACAACUAAAAGAAAGAAACAUUAUUCUUGGAAACACCCCCGGAGUUCUGACGGAUGCCAAUGCCGAGCUGAAUGUCGGUCUUCUACUGGCCACUUCCAGGCGCUUUGUCGAAGGAUAUCAACAUGUCAAAAAUGGUACGUGGGGAGCAUGGUCACCCCUCUGGAUGUGUGGACCAGGCCUGACAGGCAGCACUGUAGGCAUCAUUGGCUAUGGCCGUAUAGGUCAGGCCGUAGGUCAACGGCUCAAACCAUUUGGAGUUGGGAGGUUUCUGUACUGUGGGCACAACCCCAAACCAGAAGCGGAGACUUUGCCAGCAGAGUUUGUAUCGCAAGACGAGCUUCUCCAGCAGUCCGAUUUCGUCCUGGUCUGUUGCAGUCUGACUCCAGAGACUCGAGGAAUGAUCAACCGUGAAGCUUUCCAGAAGAUGAAGAAAACUGCGAUCAUCAUCAACACCAGCAGGGGUGGUGUUAUGAAUCAGGAUGAUCUUGUAGAAGCUUUACAGUCUGGGAUGAUAGGAGCAGCUGGUUUGGAUGUCACUACCCCAGAACCACUCCCUGUGGAGCACCCACUACUCAAGAUGAACAACUGUGUUGUUCUUCCACAUAUUGGUAGUGCCACCAUUGAAACCAGAUCGACGAUGAUGAUGAUGGCUGCUCAGAAUCUCCUGGCUGGUCUGGAAGGCAAACCAAUGCCGGCUCAAGUUCCGUUAUGAUACAAAACAUUGCCCCAGAGAAAGUAGGUGUUACGACUGAACUUUCUCAAUAACCAAAGUUUCAGAGCUUUCAACUCUAGUCCCUAAUUCAGCAGAAAAUAUCCUGAAAAUCUUAACGUGUCCUGAGGAGCUAAUUUGAAGAUUCUUUAUUGACUUUUUUUGCAAGUCGCCAGACACACCAGGCCUGAAGGCCACUUCAAGGUGUGGCCUACAAUUAUUUUUGCCAGGGGCCGUUGCCACCUACUCCUGGGGCUAAAACAGGGUUUAAAUUCCAUGUAGGCUUGCGUAUCAUCCAUCAGAAGCCUGGCUGGUAGAGCAGAAAGCACCACCUACCCAACUUUAGAAAGCAAUCAUGGUUAAUUGUCUUGCUUAAGGACACACUUGAUUAUGGAAGCCUCUCCCAAUUAUGAUGAGUGUAAUUCUUUAUACCUCCCUGAUUUUUGUAAAAUCUCCCUGAUUAGAAAAUGCAAAAGUUUACAGCAACUUAUCUCAUAUGGCAUGGUUUUUUUUUUCCCAGUGAAAUUGGGAUGGGAAAAAAUAAUAGUAUAUUUAUACUGCACCUAAUACUUAGUUUCUAAGCGCUAUAAGGUGUCCUUGCAGAGUAAAAAGAACAUUUUGUAGUGCACCAUCUUAGUUAGAAAGCCGCUCCUGUCCCAUAAUAAAAGUAACUUGGCUAAUGACGGUUCUUUAAACUAAGACUGAACAAGUUAGUUUUAAAGCUCGAGAGAGUGUCUACUAGAAUAGUAUGAGGCUUAGAGACUCCAGCAAGUGAAAAAGAACGGUCUCCUCAAGUGUGUUAUUAGAGAGUUUUUGUUAGCGACGACGGAUGGUCCUGCGAGGGUUGGUAGUUUUCAGCUAAACGCUGUCGUUUUCAGCUCAAUGCAGAUUCAUCCCAAGUACUGUCGUAGAAAUUGCGGGACGACCCUCCUCAAUCACGAUGCGUGCGCUGAUGAUGCAAAAAUGUUGUCAUUACCAUUGCAGGACCAU